UUUUUUUUUUUUUUCAUUAUGGAAGCUUUCACAAGUAAUACGACAACUACUUUGAUAGUUAAACAUUUGCCUGACUUUAUUACACGUUCAAGUGAACUACAAAAGAAUUAUUUUAAACCAUAUAAACCUUUUGAUGUGAGAUUUAUGGAAGGUCCUGCUAUGAUUGGAUUUGCUUUCCUUGAUUUUCCUGAUCGAGACACAGCGCAAAAUGCAUAUCAAUCAAUACAGAAAAUAAACUUUGGUCUUUACUACAAGCCAGUGACAGUGGAGUAUGCAAGACCAGAUCCAAAUCGUAUUGAACGACAACAAGCCAUUCCUGUAGAAGAACAUGAAAUAGCAGCGGAUCCGGUAUCCACUGCACAUCAAUUACUCUAUCCACCCAACCCUCAUUUACGUUAUUACUAUCCAGACCCUACACCUGAAAUCAUCACUAACAUAUCAUAUGCCAUUGGUACAGUACCACGUCUUUAUACCCAAGUCCUUCAUCUGAUGAACAAACUGAACAUGCCACCACCUUUUGGACCCUUAGUGAAAUCAGCCAAACCUUCUCUGAUUUCAAAGAGAAAAUAUGAUGCAUUAUUAGCAAGUGAUGAAUCAGAGCUAGAAGACGAACAAGAACAAGAAAGCAACAUAAAGGAACAAGAAGAAAAGAUCAAAAUAGCAAGACUGAAUCGAAUAGCAGCUGAAAAGCAAAAACUGGCGAUAACAAGCCAUGUUCAAGGAACAUCAACCAAGAGUGAUGCGCCACACACCGCCAAGAUCCAUAUCCAUGCUCCCACAAAACUUGUACCUAAUGAACAGCAAAAGGCCCUUCAAGAGCAAUGUAGGCCACUAGAUCAAUUACAAGAACUAUCGGCGUUCAAGAACUAUCAAGCAGGAGCACCUAGCGCAAAGCUAUACCUCAAAAAUCUAAGUAAACACACGACACAACAAGACCUUAUCGAUCUUUACUCUCAAUUCUCUCAAGAAGUGGAUGUUCGAUUGAUGAAUAAGGGUAAAUUGCGUGAUCAGGCAUUUGUUACUUUUCCAAAUGAAGCUGUAGCUUCUUUAGCACUUGAAUGUACAAAUGGAUUUUUGUUGCAUGAUCGUCCAUUAGCAGUCCUUUUUGGUCGGAAUCCUAAAAAAUAAAGAAAAAGAGAAAGAGAAAAUUUUUUUGCAACAGUC